AGAUGGGACCAGAUGACGGUAGUUGACGAGCGAUGUCGGGCUCUCACUGGGAUCAAGGAGGCAAUUACUCGGCAAAUUCUAGCCGGAGAGAGAAUAUACUUAAGUGCUGGACUGCUAAUUCCGUUGAAACUUUGUGCGACCUGCCUUGCUGAGCGUUUUCCUGAGGGAUUCUUGUGUUUUCAAGUGAUCAAACACUCGCAGCUGCACGAGAUUCCAUGAUGACUGGUCAGCUGUCCAUUAUUUCACUUUCAAUUCUCUCAAUUUGGUUUUUUUCAAGCCAUGGCAAGGCCGACACUGUCUCUCCGUGGCAGUACCAGACGUUCAAGUCGGCCACGUACCAGCCUCCUAAUAUGACUAUCGAGAAACAUGGCCGAACAGAACCCGGCUUUCUCUUCUUCGACCAAACAUGGGCCGGGACGGUGGAUUAUGCGCCAUUGAUCAUGACGGAUGAAAAUGAACUGGUCUGGCAAGGACCCAUGCCAGCUGAAGACAAUACAAUUUUCGGGCUUCGGCCGCAGACCUUCGAGGGAAAGCCAGUUCUUACGUACUGGAGAGGGACGGGGUAUGGCGAUCCUUUAGGCUUUGGAUAUGGAGUGAUUUAUCUUUUGGACCAGUCGUACGAGGAGAUAUACCGGGUAACUCUUGAGGAUAGUUCCUUCGCGGUUGUGGAGAACCUGACCAUUCCAUCAUGGAUUGAUCUCCACGAAAGCAAGCUGACAGACCGUGGAUCAAUCCUCGUAACUGCAGUAAACAUGACCCAGUACGACCUUCGUUCUGUAGGAGGCGAAGAAGACGGCUGGAUCGCCGACUCUCUCUUCUAUGAGCUCGACGUCAAAACGAGCAGAGUUUUGUACCGCUGGAGCGCACUGGAACACGUGGACGAAAUUCCUCUUGAGGGCUCUCUUCUGCCCAUAGACGGACUUGGCAACAACAGAACUUAUGCAUGGGGCGCAUUUCACAUCAAUUCGGUGGAUUUCUUCGAUGAUGGUGCAUAUCUCAUCUCCUCGCGGUAUUAUUGCUCGAUCUACCGUAUCAACCGAAAUGGUACCGUUGACUGGGUUUUGAAUGGCAGGAGCGGCGGCGACUUCAAGCUUGGUCCUGGAGUAGAUUUCUGCUACCAGCAUGAUGCUAGAAUUCGACAUACCUCAGAAGAUGCCGUUAUCAUCAGCAUGUUCAACAACGCCAAUUCCCCAGUCGAGAACGGAACAAGUCCUUCGACUGGCCUCCUUCUCCGUCUUGACCUCAACACCCACGAGGCUACUCUUGAGCGAAAGUUGCUGGAUUCUCGCGAUGUGAUCUAUAGCGAGUCUCAGGGAAACUAUCAACAUCUGCCAGGGGGCCAUACUCUGCUCGGGCACGGCCAGAUCCCGAAGUUCAAGGAAUACGACGCCAACGGGUCCUGCGUGAUGACACUCCAGUUCGGUGAAAAUAACGAAGUUUCGAGCUACCGAGGUUUCCGACUGCCCUGGAUCGGGAAACCGAAGACGCCACCUAGCGUGUGGGCUUGCUCGUCCGGAAAUAGCACGCACAUCUAUAUGAGCUGGAAUGGAGCCACGGAGCUCACAGGAUGGAAUGUCUAUGGGGGGUCGAAUGCUUCUCAUCUCCAGCUUGUGGGCUCUGUCCCCAAGAAGGGUUUUGAGACGACCAUAGUGAUCGGUUCUGUCCGAUACGUGCAGGUAGAGGGCAAAGAAGGUGCUCUAAUGAGCAGAACUUCCUCCGUGGUUCCUGUCAAUGCCACGUGCUGAGUGCAUUUCCAUUCUUCCCCAUUCCCAUAACUGACGGGAGAUGCAUGUCUGACACAUAAAUAUAUAUUCCGUGCGACCGGACAUCGUCGCUCACCAUUCUGACACCGGACUUUCUGGUUGGAGACAUCAGAAAUGGGUGUGCGUUCGUUCUAGUUCUGCCUACCAUAUGCAUGUGCUUAAAUGCAAGCAUUGCACUGGGGCUGAAUAUAUUGGACCUUGCAUGAUGACAUUGUACGUACGUCUUUGCCGCCACCAUUUUUGCGCAGAAAUGGUGGGAUGGUUAAGUAUGGGCGAGACCAUAGUCAAACCUGCGUAAAACGUUAGUUACUGGCGAUAAGUCUGCAAGCCAGAUAUACACUUAUAAUCAA